UCCCAAUCGUGCCAAACAUGUUGCGGACGAAGCAGAGAACGUUGCGUUUUGUGGACCGACAGUAGCUAUUAAUUUUUUUCCGGCAAAGUAACUGUGCUGAUGUUCUAAUUCUGCUAGCAAUCGAGGUCAGCAAGUACUUGACCGUAAUGAGGAGGAAUGCACGCUAACUGAUUACAGAAAUGAAUUGAAGAAAUUUUAGUUCUCGAUCAGGAAUCUUCUUUGAGGUUUGGGGAGACAGGGCGGUCGGUGGCCCAACUUCACAAUGAACAGUGUUGUGGAGAUUGACCAGGCGUUGCUGGAGACGCUUCCGCAAGAGCAACGCCUGCAACUGGUCAAACGCAUGCGCCAAGAGCAGCUCCGUCGCUACCACGAGCGAGAGCGCACGGACCCUGUGCAAGCGGGCAAAAAUGGUUCGAAACCUUCGAAAAAGAAAGGUUGCAAUGUGAAGUUUGGCAGUAACGACGAGCUGCUUGUUGCUGUGUCGGCGGAUGAUGAGCAGAAAGCCAUUGACCUACUAUCGAAUCGUGGUGCUGAUCCAGAUUUCAGUCUUGGAAGUGGUACUAAGCUGCUACAUCAAUGCAUUUCUCACAAUCAAAAGAAGCUGGCACGUGUACUGCUGAACAAAGGUGCCGACGUCAACACAAGGGAUGGUGACCUGUACACACCGCUGCAUGUCGCGGCUGCUAGUGACAACCAUGACAUGGUAUCAGUACUACUGCAGUAUGGUGCUGAUGCGUUGCUGCUGGAUGUCGAUGCUAACUUUGCUGUUGAUCAUGCUGGCCCAUCCACAAAGUCCAUGCUACAGCAACACAUGGAGUCUAAAGGAGUAACGGUGGCUGGUAUGAGGGACCUACGGAACAGAACUGCCAAGGAAAUGCUGGAGGAUGUGCGAAACCUGACCAAGAAAGGCGGUGAUAUCGAGCAGCGUUAUGACGAGGGCGCAACACUGCUUCACAUUGCGGCAGUGAAUGGUUACCGACUGGUUGCCUCUCAUUUACUGGAGCAUGGUGCCAAUGUCAACUCACAGGACAGGCUGGGUUUCACUCCACUGCACCUCGCAGCUAAGUGGGAUCAGACCAAGAUGGUGCGUCACUUGCUAAAGAACCGUGCAAAUCCGCGUGUCAAAUCCCAUGCUGGAGAUAAAGCCAUGGAUAUGACGGAGAAUGCAGAAAUUCAGAAGAUGAUCAAAACCGUGCUGACUGAAGUGUCUCUGAUGGUCAACCGCCGAUCCAGUUCUGACCUUGUUGGUGGACCAAACGAUGACAUCGACUCCAUGGAGAGGCCACGGUCAAACAGCAAACACAGUGCCGGCCGCACUGGGAGCAUUAGCAAGAAGGAGCAGCUGUUCGAGUUCCAGACAAUGAUGGAUAGUGACCUUAAAGAAGUGCUUGAAGAACAGCAGGAGGAAAUGCAGAGUGAGGAACUGGAGGAUCAGCACAGGAUGAGAGAGGAUAUGAAGGUCGAUCUACUGCCGAAGAGAUCUUCUGAUGAUCUGGCAUUGCUGUCCGAGCUGUCUGAGGAGACAUUGCUGUCGGAGUUGUCCCAACGAUAUGACGAGGAGCAAACCUAUACUUAUGUCGGUGACAUCCUGAUUGCAGUGAACCCGUUCCGGCCGAUGAAAUAUUUCACCACUGGAGCCAGCGUGUCCUACAUCGGCCUCCAGAACCACCAGUGUCUGCCGCCGCACAUCUUCGCCACCGCCGAGCGCAUGUACCGGGCGAUGACCGCCGAGCGCAGAAGCCAGUGCUGCGUGAUCACUGGCGAGUCUGGUGCUGGCAAGACAGAGAGUGGCAAGUUCAUUCUGCAGCACCUGCUCAAUGUGGCCAACAGCGAGGAGAAAGGUCUGGCGGCGAAGAUAUCCCAGGCAAAUCCACUCCUGGAAGCGUUUGGAAAUGCCAAGACCGUCAUGAACAACAACAGCAGUCGUUUUGGAAAGUUUCUGGAGCUCUUCUUCAACAACCGAGGAGAGGUUAUCGGAGCUAAAGUGGCCGAGUACUUGCUGGAGAAGUCGCGAGUGGUCAUGCAGGGAACAGGUGAACUCAGCUUCCACAUCUUCUACAUGAUGUUUGCUGGACUGUCACCGGAUGAGAAGAACCAGAUCCUGCUGCGGUCACCCGAAAAGCACAGGUACUUGAUAUCCAGUGACACAACAGCAAUGAAGAACUACAACACCAUAGACAAUCAGGAGCAGUUCCGCGAGUUCCGUGAGAGCCUGAGGGCUGUUGGAUUCACUUCAGACGACGAGCUGUGUCUGAUGUCCAUGCUGGCAGCUGUGUUAUUGAUUGGUGACCUCAAGUUCACCACUGUGGACAAGUCUGAUUCAGCCAGAAUACUGAGCGACGAGAUCCUUUAUGCAGUUGGUCAGCUGCUGCAAGUCGGUCCCAAGGAGAUAGGCGAUGCGCUGGUGGCGGACGUGACUGUAACAAGAGGCGAAGCAGUACGUCGGGAGCGCAAUGUUCUCCAGGCUAAGGACUGCCGUGAUGCCCUUGGCAAGGCGCUCUACGGACGGCUGUUCAGCUGGAUUGUCAACAGCAUCAACCAUCACCUACAGCCACCUGAAGAUUCCAUUGUGGGGUGUGAUUUCAGGACAAGUGUCUCAUCAAUCGGAGUUCUGGACAUUUUCGGAUUCGAGAACUUUGAGAACAACAGCUUUGAGCAGCUUUGUAUUAACCUGGCCAAUGAGCAGAUGCAGCUCUACUUCAACAAUCACAUCUUCCAGCUGGAGGCUGAUGAGUGUGCUAAGGAGGGCGUCAGUCUCAAGAACAUUGUCUUCACUACAAACAAGCCCAUCCUGGAGCUGUUCCUAGAUAAGCGGCAAGGUCUCCUUGCACAGCUGGAUGAGGAGAGCAAGUUCCCUCGUGCCACGGACAAGACGCUGGGUACAAAGCUGCACAAAACACACGGCAAGAACCAGCGCAGCAUCUACAUCAUGCCCCGGGACGGAGGGCCGUCGUUCACAAUCAAACACUAUGCAGGAGCGGUUCGCUACAACUUGGAUGGUUUUCUGGACAAGAACCGAGACACACUGCCUCCAGCUCUUGUCAUUACCAUGAAAGCAAGCACUUCUCUCUUGGUGCGAGAAAUGUUCCACGCCAACCUUGGCACCACUGGUUCCAUCAAGCCGAGCACGCGGCAAAGCACCAAGAGACGCUCUGUCCACAAACCACAGCCCAACAUGCCGUUUGGUGUCGGCCGGAAUGCCUCGCGUCGCAGCAUUCGGCAGUCUCGGCGGAGAGGGCCAGAGCGAGCAAAGGGUAUGCGAGGACGGCAAGGUGAUGUUACUGGUUCGCGAGCAAGACAAGCGAUGACAGUCGCCAAUCACUUCCGGAAUUCUCUGAGUGAACUCAUGGAGAAGAUGACCUCAGCCAGUCCUCAUUUCAUCCGGUGUGUCAAGCCAAACAGCAAGAAGGCACCGAAGUGCUUCAGCUCCGACUAUGUACUGUCACAGCUGCGCUACACCGGUAUCCUAGAGACCAUACGCAUUCGCCGCGAAGGCUUUGCCGUGCGGCUGCUGUUUGAUGACUUCCUCACAAGAUACUCUGCACUGACAGCGCUAGUGGUUCCGGCUGAAAUACGCACUCAGGACCAGAUGAGAGCGUGCACAUGCAUUGCCGACUUCUGCGCGUUGACAGGCUACCAGGUCGGAAAGAGUCGCAUAUUCCUCAAGUACUUCCACGGCGAGCAACUGGCCAUCCAGUGCGACACGCUAACAAACCAGAUCUUGCUCUGCCAGCGCGUGAUCCGCGGCUGGAUGGCUCGGCGGCGUGUGUCCCGCGUCAAACAGGCCGCUGCAAUGUACGCCUCCACUCUCACAGUGUUCGUGGAGAGUGUCACGGCGAAGGGACUGGCAAUGCAUCGCACACUGGAGCUGCUCUGCGACAUUGACAACCUGACUCACGCAGCCAAGCUGGAAGCUGAACGACAGCUACUGGAACAGCAGCGACAAAAGCAGUACAAGGAGGAGCAGCAGCGCUGGGAGGCUGAGCAGCAGCAGCAACGGGAGCAACUCGACAAGGAGUGGAAAGACUUAGAAGUGCAGCGCCAGCAGUCGGAGCAGGACUUUGAGAGGAGGCUUAAGGAUGUGAAGCGCUUGAGUACAUCAAGCAUGAACUCAGUGGUUCUUCCUCCGCCACCCAGCGAGCAAGAGCUUCUCCAACUGUCCAGUCAUCCUGAGCACAUGAGACCGCGGUCGGACUCCUCGUCCAGCAUUCCACCACCGCCGACAGAGCAAGAACUGCAGCAGCUGUCUGCCAUUCCGGAGGGGUCCAGACCACGGUCUGACAGCUCAGCCAGUCGCCUCUCCAUCCCGCCGCCGCCUACGGAGCAAGAACUCCAGCAGCUGUCCGCUAUUCCUGAGAACAUGAGACCGCGCGUAGAUUCCAAUGCAAGCCAUGGCUCUAUACCGCCGCCGCCGCCUCUAGAUGAAGAUGAUGGCGAGCAUCUAGCAAUACCACCUCCGGAGCUGCACGUAGAAUCGGAUUACGACGUCGUAGAGAGAGAUGAAAUGGCGGAGAAGUCCGCCAAAUUGAUAUACCAGAGCUCAGUUCAAAAUGCACAGUAUGACGAGACUGAGGCAUUGCUGAUGAAGUCCAUGCGUUCAUUCGAGUCGGCCGCUUCCAUCCAGGGCUUCAGCAACCCGGAUUACGACGUCCCAGACCUGAGCUCUGCGCCCAUAUCACCAGCACCUACACUGGCCAAGGGAAGUCUUCCGCACGAGCGCGAAGGAAGUCUCUCUCUGUCGGAGAUUAAUCACAGCCUCACCUCCAAAGCCGCAGUGGAUGAAGAUGUGUAUCUUGCUCCCCAAACUGACGACAUAUAUGAGGUGGCCGACAAAGACGGACCGGGUUCCACGUCGGGUGACGGCGAUGGAGAUCAGGAUUAUUUUGCACUGGCCAAAUCACCUACGCUCAGCGACUACGCAUCUCCAUCUACAAUGUCUCUUCUAAGCAAUGAUGGCUCAGACAGCAUGCCAACGUCACCAGCCAGCAGCACUAGCAGCCUCUCCGGUGCAAAGAAGGAUGCCAGCACGAAGAAUGGUACAGCACAGAGGGGUCCAGUCGUCGUGCGUACGCGUUUGAAGCCACCGCCAGUCCCAGACAGGAGAGAUUCACUUCUGGAAGAGGACAUCUAUACCGACAUGGACGGUGAUCAACAUUACACACCCAUGAGCAGUGCACAGAAUACUAUGGAGAAGAGUGCAUCCCUUUCGGGAAAUCGGAGCCCAAAACCAACACUUUCAUCCACUAAAGUCUCCACGAGCAGCUUCAGCAGCUUAACAGAUGACGGCGAGAUUUCACCCUAUGGUGUUGCCCAUGCUGCGCCAAAGACUCAGACCCAGUCAGCCAGCAGUCUGCAGGAAGACGACGAGGAGAUCUCACCGUACGGUGCCACACCAAUCUCACUUCACCCAAUGAGGACAAAGCCAUCGUUGGUUAGUCUGAAAGUCAUUGACAUUGAUGCACUAGACGAGCUUUCACCGCCAUUGUCACAAACGAGUCCACCGGCUGCAGCCUCCGGGAAAGUGAAUCCUCCUGGGAUGCCAUUCUCUCUUAAGAAGAGUCCAUUGCCUGGCCGCUUACCAAAGGAUGGUACAGGUGGCAACCAGAAGAGGUCGCUCAAAGCUGCUAACCAAAGCUCGGCCUCAAUGGCUCCCUAUGCCGUGGUAGAGCCUCUAAAGAUUAGACAGUCGCCGUCAGAUUCUUACACAGCAGCAGCAACCAGUCCUGCCAUGUCUUCUCCGUCUGUUCCGGCCGGAACCUCGCGGCCACGCAAGGCCGAUUCGCAGAAGGGUUCUUCUAGCAGGACAAGCUCUCAGAGAAGUGUAUCUCGUGACCUUCCACCGCCUCGGUCACCUCCACUGAGCACCCCACGGCCACCAUCCACGACUGCAGAGAACACCACACUACCACCUGUUCCACCGCCCAUCAGUACUAUACCUAAGUCAAGGUCAAAGUCAAAGAAGAAGUCUACCUCUUCCUCAGCUGGCUCUCCGCCUCCAACGCCGCCGCCACCACCACCUCCUCCCCCACCUCCGCCUCCACCGUCACUAAUGGGUGUUCCGGCACCUCCGCCACCUCCAAUUAUGUCUGGCGGACAACCGCCCCCACCACCACCGCCGCCACCGCCUGUAAUCUCUUGCGGUCCGUCAGCACCAGCACUCCCUGCACCGGCUGCACAGCCCAAUCUCUUUGCUGGACUCUCAUCUCCGCCGCCCGGUUUCUUUAGUGGGCCAGGCGGUGCUCAAGCUCCACCGCCACCACCUCCUCCACCUGGCAUGCAAGGUGCAGGAUCUGGAUCUGGUCCUCCACCUCCUCCUCCCCCACCACCAGGAGUAAGAUUACCUUCAGCAGGCAGUGCAAGAGCAGUUACGAACCCAGGUGCUCCUCCACCACCGCCCCCUCCGCCACCGCCUCCACAACUGAGUGGUGCGCCGAGUGCACCAGGAGGGUUGCUCGCAGGGCUGCAGAAUAUCAAGUUGAAGAAAUCUGCCGCACCGCCUGCAUCACCCAAACCCGACUCUGCGUCUGCCGCUGGCAAGUCCGGCGGUGGAAUGGAUGGUCUUCUUGCAGAGCUUCAGAAAGGUGUCAAACUACGGCAAAGUCCUGCAACAAAGCAUAAGCCGGUGGAGGCAAACCCUGGUAAAGAACCAGAGAAGAACAAGGUCAGCUUCCCAUUGCUGCGCAAGACGACCAGCAGUUCUAAUCGAAUCGGCGAAACGCAAGAUGCUGAAGAAACAGAUGGACCAAUGGCCUCCAUUCCUAUGCUAAGAAAGAGCCCUGGACCAAAGCAAAGACUGCCUUCACAAGGACAAGAAGAGCGGGAGCGCAACCAGUUUGCAAUGCCACAGCUUAGAAAGAGCCCCGGCCCGCUGAAACGAGCAGAGGAUAACGGCGGUCUGGCCGGCACAUCUCCACGCCCUGUGCAUAUCGACCUCAAGUCCGUUUCAGUCCAAGAUGAGGUGAAGACGAGCGAUGACGAAUUUGACUGGCCAGCCCCACCGCCCAUUCUCAUGUCGCCUACUGUAGCAGCGCCAAAUACACUGUCUCCAAUGGCUAGCAAAACUAUCGCACCACCGGCAAGUUCAGGAAUGCCUCUCGCGAGGCCGCCGCCCGGCGGUGGGAUGAAGGCAAGCACAAGCCAAUCUGAGCUCUCCAAAGUGAAUCGGCUGCCACCAACAUCUGGCGCUGCAAAGAAAGAUGAUGUGGCAACUAAUGGCAGUGCUGCAAGUACAGAGGCGGAUAGCAGUCUGCCCAGCUGGAAGAAGGCACUGAAGAAUAAGCGCAAGAAGAGUGAACAGGAACAGGAUGAAAUGCAGAAGAUGCAGGAUUUGCAACGUUACGACGGUGUGCCGGAAUGGAAGAGAAAAGUACUCAUAGAACGCGACCAGAAGAAAUGGGCUGACGGCGAGGCAGACAGGGCAGCCGAGCGCAAGGCCGCGGCCGAUAAGGAGCACUUGGCUAGCCUCCCGGCUUGGAAGCGAGACCUGAUCCUGAAGAAGAAGUAGCUACUUGCACAGCAUGGUAUUUUCUGCAAGGUAAUUGUGGUGCCGUACAUCUGUGGUGGCAUGUACUCUAUCCUUGUAGGACAAUGAUAUUUCUUCCUGGAAUCUCGUGAACUACUUCAUAAUGAUUUCUCACCAUGCAUAUGACUGCUGGCAGUCAAUUCAAAAAGCAUGAUAAACACUGUCGCUUGUAUCCAUUACCAACCACUUCCGAAGUGUUCUAGAGAAGUAUUUGAAGAGUAAAGCUGUGUAACUUGAAUGCAAUGUGCUACAGACUAAGUGCAAAUUAGCAUGGCAGUCUCCCCUCUUGCCAUGCUUCUGUUCCAGACAAUGAUCUUGGAAACAAGUUUACUCUUUGGAAAUGUUUGCCGUUUCCCUUGAUUUUAGAGCUCUCAUUUUCAAAGCGUUUCACUUCAACAGAUAACAAGCUGUAUAAUACACUGCAUAUUUUUUCCUUGGAAGCACCCUUCCUUAAUAUCCAAUCUUGAUAUUUUUUUACACAUGGAUUCCAUUUCUGCUGCAAAGCAUAUCCCCUGUAAAGUAUUUCACUACUCGCAUAUGCCUGUUGCGGGCAACUAAUUAUUUCCGACACCGGCUGUCAAAAACCCACAAUAUUUCAAUUUUCCUACAA